AUGAAGAAGAUCACAGCUUACGUUGAAAACGGAGAAACCGUCUUGGAAUUACAGGAUCCACUCAUCCUUACGCACGGAUGGAAACUCUACGUGAAAACAGAAGCCGUAUUCUGGAAUUAUCAAAAUAUUCGCAAGGGAUACAACGACUAUAUUUUUAUCGAUGGAAAAAAGACCGUGUUCGACGAAGGAUACUGGACGUUCAAACAGUUGAGAAAAGUCAUGGAAGAAAAAGGAUUAACGGUCGAAGAAUACCACGACGGGAAGAUAAAGAUAGCAUUCACCAAUGGUAUAAAAUCUUUAAAACUCUGGAAUCUCAAAGAUAUUUUCGGGUACGAGUCUCCGAUCGCAGCACCACGUCCAAGCGAUCGUCCCGUCGAAAUCCACGAAGGAUUACGUUACCUUACGGUCGGAUGCAAUCUAGUCAACCGCGUUAACAAUAUAGAACCGUCUGGAGAUAGAAGUGAUAUCAUCGUCUCUCUUCCCGUCGACGGAACAAAACCAUUGUUCGGAACGACGACGAAAUACAACGACAUCGAAAGUCAGGUGUAUACCGAUGUUGGAAUAUACCACGAACUUCGGUUUACGGUCGGAUCCAAUGUACAGGGAAUUAUUCCCGGAGAUGUCUUGUUGGAAGUCUACAUUACAUAAAAUAUGAGCGAAGAAGAUAUCUUCCGAAAAUAUUACGGAAAAAAUUACGAGAAGGUGAAAGCGGCAGUUCCUGUGGAAAUCCGGAAGACGAAGACUAAUUUUUUAAAAAAAUAUCCUAAUGCGAAUCUAAGUAAGUUCGACUUCGACGUUACGUUCGCCAAAGACGGAACCGUAAGUUCAAGAGAUAUUUUUUAUAAGGUCGAUGAUUUAACGAGUUACGAUAUCACAUCGGAAACUUUUAAAACCAAUCCCGAAUGGACAAAAUAUUUAUUCUGGAUGGAAGGAUGGCGUAACGUUCGAUCGGAUAUGAUCUUUCGUCCCAACAAAGAUUUUGCGAUGGAUACGCAUACGUUUAAAAUCUACGUCACGGAAACCGACAAUUUUUUAACGACGUUCGAAUUUACAUCUCCCACUUACGAUAAAUCCGUAAAAUUCAUCGACACCAUACCUUUUGAUUAUCAUUCCAAUUCUUAUUUUUGUUCGCUGGCAGCAUGUUACGUUGCUACAUUCAAGUCUGGAAUUUCCGAAGACCAUCUGAAAAAUAAUUUCUCGCAUUCGAACCUAGUCACGUCCAUCGUCCGUUUCCACUUGUAUUACCAUCUGGAAAGAUUUCUACGCAAUCCAAAAUUACUGGAUCAAUAUUUAACGCACGACGAUAUAAAAACCAUCCGAAAAUAUACGUCCGUUCACGAAACAUGGAUCCGACAAACCGUAUCGUCUCAUGCGAAUUUGGGAACGUGGUAUUACGGAUUACCUGCGAACGUACGAAAAAGAAUCCGAAACCAGAAAUACGUACGAACUCGAUAUGGCGGAACGUACAUCGCCUACGAAUAUUUAACGGGAAGAUCUCCGUUCGACGUCACGAACGACUAUAAAACUUUAAUUUCAAAAACAUCGCGUGGACUUACGAAAGUCGGACAAAAAUUAUUUCAACAGUCUAUCGAAGCCUAUGUGUACUCCGUUUUUGGAGCGCAAGCAAAAACCCGAUGGAUUAUUAUCGGACAAGGUGCAAAAAGUUUACAGACGCAAGAAGUUUUUCGGAAAGUCGUGAAAGAUACGAUCGUUCAGGAUGACGUCACGAUCACUAUUUCCAACAUGAGAACGGGGAUCAUCAAUACACACGUCGUCUUAAAUUUUGCAAUCAUGCCUGGACUUAUACUAAUUCCGUCCGAUAUGCGAAUUUUAAUGAAUCCCAUUCCAGGAUUCAGUAAUGUUUUAACGAUCGCUAAAAAUGGAAUGACGUUCGGGAAAAAUGAAAAGGUAAACUACGAUGAAAAAGUCGUCCAUCCCCUACCUACCCCCACGAUAAAUCAUGGAAAAGCUGAAAAUCCCUUACCCGCAGCAAAUCCUGGGAAAGUUGAAAGACCGGAAAAACCCGGUCCUCCUGAAAAUAAUGAUCUGGGAGUAAUUACAGCCGUUUCUUUUGGACUUGCAUAUUUUGCAUUUCGUUAA